AUGCCUGCUCAAGCAGUCGAAACCUCCCGCCUCGAUGGCAAGGUCGCCCUCGUGACCGGCUCCGGCAGGGGCAUCGGCUCCGCCAUGGCCACCGAGCUCGCUCGCCGCGGUGCCAAAGUCGUCGUCAACUACGCCAACUCCUCCGAAGCGGCGGAGAAGCUCGUCAAGGAGAUCAAGUCGAUGGGCACUGACUCAAUCGCCAUCCAAGCGGACGUGGGCGAUGUCAAGCAGACGACCAAGAUGUUCGAGAAGGCGGUCGAGCACUUCGGACAGCUGGACAUUGUCUGCUCCAACUCCGGCGUGGUGUCGUUCGGCCACCUCAAGGACGUUACCGAGGAGGAGUUCGACCGCGUUUUCCGCAUCAACACCCGUGGCCAGUUUUUCGUGGCUCGCGAGGCCUACAAGUACUUGAGCGUCGGUGGCCGCAUUAUUCUGAUGGGCUCCAUCACCGGCCAGGCGAAGGGCGUGCCGAGACAUACGCUCUACUCUGGCUCUAAGGGCGCCAUUGAGACGUUUGUGCGCUGCAUGGCGAUUGACUGCGGUGACAAGAAGAUCACUGUCAACUGCGUGGCCCCCGGUGGCAUCAAGACCGACAUGUACCACGCCGUGUGCCGCGAGUACAUUCCCAACGGUGACAAGCUCAGCGACGACCAGGUCGAUGAGUACGCCGCUACCUGGUCCCCAAUGAACCGCGUCGGCCAGCCCAUCGACAUCGCCCGCGUCGUGGCUUUCCUCGCCUCGCAGGACGGCGAGUGGGUCAACGGCAAGGUCAUCGGCAUCGACGGCGCCGCAUGCAUGUAA